CGAGUUGAACUGGUUUGACAAUCCCAAUCUCAGCAGGAAGUUGUUUGAGUAAACACCCCCUUCUGCUAUUUUAUCACUUUGUCGCAAAGGCUAUAAGGACAAGGAUCACUGACCAACACGGCUUCCCAGCUUGUUUUCUGACUCGCAGGGAAAUGAGAUAAAGCUUUCCAAAUUUAUCGUUUCAGCGGAAACAGUACAAGUAAAAAUGGCACAGAUGGAACCCCAAGAGGACAGUCCCAAAACCUCAACAGAGGAGCUCACAGAGGAAGAGUUCCUCAAAAAUCUCUACCUUUUCAUGAAGAAGCGAGACACCCCCAUUGAGAGGAUCCCUAAUCUGGGCUUCAAACAAAUUGAUUUAUUUCUGAUGUUCAAGACUGUCAGUGACUUGGGUGGCUAUCAUCAGGUGACUUCUCAUCAGCUGUGGAAACGGGUUUACAACACACUGGGAGGAAACCCUCGAAGCACAAGUGCAGCCACCUGCACACGCAGACACUAUGAAAAGUUGCUUCUACCUUACGAGUGUCACCUGAAAGGCGUAUUAAUGAGUACCGUGCCUCACCAUCAGCAGAGACCUUACCGCUACAACAAAGAUGACGAUGGGGGCCAAAGGCCAUCAAAACGCAGGCUGUCAACACUACCGCCGGGACCUCACUGCUUCCAGUCAGACCCACACGGGAAUCUCUACCCUCUGCCUCUCCAGUACCACCAUUACUACCAUCCAGCACACCCUCUUCUGCCAUCUUAUGUCCCUAUCGCGCCCUCUGCAAUAACACCACAUGGCCCCCCUGCUCCCAAGCUUGUACGAUUCCCCAUCCCACAGACUCAUGAAGACUUGACCGACUUUGGAAAUGGGCCUCUGCAAAAACUUCGCAAUAUGGCGGAGCAGUACAAGAUCUCAUCUGGAUUGUCAACUUCUGAACCCCUAAAUCUGAGCAAGAAAGCUUCAGCCCAAGAGUCCAACACUAACCCUGCCUCAUCAUUCUCCCCACCUUCAUCCAGCAAGAAUCCCAGGUUUCUAAACAAACCAUCAACGCUCUACACCCGUCAUCCUGGCGGCACAGUGAGAAGUGAGGGAAAUGAGACAGAGGACGAUGAAUCCAGCAAAGGUGUUCUGACCCUUUCUGAGUCUGAGAAACAGAACGAGACCCACGAUGCCUCUGUCAAAGCCCCAUCACCCUCAGACAGCCCAAUAUUUAUUUCCGCUCUGAUGCCUGAACUAGACAAAGACGCCAUUGUAGCAACACCAAAACCCAGCUCUCUGAAAGCAGAAUUUCCAGUUCAGCCAGCAAAGGACAGAGACGGCAGAACAGAUGUAGAGGGUUUCAAUCUCAGUCAUGUUCUGCCAAGGAUUGCCAGUGAGAAGGAAGGCAAGAUGGAAAUUGAGGUCCCACUGUCCGUGUUUCGCAACUGGCUCAAGUUGUACGGUCCUUCUUCUAAGCUGCCUGAAGCUAAAGAGCUUCUUGCCUCUCAUUAUGUGGAGUCCUUGGGAAAAAAGAGCUUGUUGGAAAUGGAUAUUUCCCCGACAGACCUGAGAUUUCAUAGUCCUCAAGAUCAGAGUUCCGCUGAGGACCUGAGGCUAAGGCACAAACCAAGCCUCGUGCCAAACACAGAGAAGGAGAAUGACCAGGACUGUCAUUUCACCAGUUGCAAGACUUCAGGUGGCCUUCCAAGAAAAGGGGGAGCUGGUGAGGACAUCUGGCCAGUCAAUCAGCAGGAUAUCAAUAUGUCAUACAAGCUCAAGUCAACAGAUUUAUGGGACACCUAUUCCAAAGAGACUAUGCUUCCCCACAGUCUAACUAAACCCAAUUCCAGUCUCCCGAGAGUGCAAGCACCUAAGUUCUACAUUGAAGACUUGGUUUUCCGAGAGGGAUGCAGAGAUUAGAACUAAAGCCUUCAGCUGUGCUGAUAGUAAACUCCAGCCAUGUAUCUGUGUUUCCCCUGACCACCGAAGACAUGACGACGCUCAUGACAAUCAGGGAAAGACACCAACACCACAUUUAAGCUGUUUCCGAUAAUUAAACUCCUUGUUAACUUAUGUAACAUUAAGAAAGAUAUUAUUUUGAAAUAAUAUGUCAUCAGGUAUUGUAAGUUGCAUGACUUUUAAAGAUGAUAGCACAAACAAGAAAUAAGAAAAUAUAUGAUUUUAAAAAAAACUUAAAUUCUGAAUCUGAAGAAAAUGAGAUUCAUGAGUUUCAUGUUUUAUAUCUCUAUCAAGUAGUUAAUUCCAAUUUAACUUAAGAAAUGUCAUAAUAAAUAUUAGAGCAUGGAGGAAACAAAUGUCAUGCAUGUUUAAAACAAAAAAACUUAUGCUAGCUUUCAUUCCACUUUACUUCUGAAGUUAGCUGAUUUUCAGAAUUUCGAAUUUACUGUAAAGAUGUAAAUAAGAUUUUGUAUUGUCACUUUUUUUAUCUUAAUCCUAAUAAUACUUUUGUAAAUAUUUUCCUGUCUAUAUUCCUUCUGUUGGAAAAACAUUAUUACUGUAAACAUAAAACUACAUGUAUAAUUUAUCAGUAUGAGGUCUCUUCGACGAGUUCUGAAUAUUCUGUACAGAAACAUACCUUGUACAUAAUUUUAAUUGUGAGAAUCAAAUAAAUUCUGCAAAAAUUG